ACCAAUCCAAUUUACAUGUGGGACCAUUGUCAACUAAAUCCCCGAAGAGGAAUUGAAGUCCUUACUGAGAGGUGCUUGAUAAAGAUUUUGGAUAAUGAUAAGUUUUGGAUGCAUGAUCAACUCAUAGCACUAGGAAGGAAAAUUGUCCGUGACAACAGCCAUGGUGAACUUGGAAAGCAGAGUAGGUUGUGGAUUGCAGAAGAGGCCUUGGAUAUUAUAAGAAUCGAAGAGAGGAAGGACAAGGUUAUAGCACUUGACAUAGAUGGAUUUGAUUACUCCAUAGAGAUUAAAAAUCAGGAAUUUGAAAGAUUACAAAACCUAAGAUUUCUCAAGUUAUGCAAUGGAACCUUUGUUGGGGACUUUGCAAGGUGUCGUUCAAAGUUGACAUGGAUUUAUUGGUGUUGUCCUCAUUGGGAUUUUAGGGCGGACAAUAUGUAUUUGAACCAUCUUGUUGUUUUUGAACUUGGCUCAAGUGGCUUCACAGAUGAUUCAAAAGUAUGGGACUUGAUCAAGAGGGCACAUAAUUUGAGAGUUAUAUCCCUUACAGAGUGUGAUGGCUUAACGACAAUCCCGGACUUCUCUAAAUGCUUACAUUUACAAAGGUUGACUCUUGCACACUGCAGCAGGCUAAAGAGGAUUCAAAGCUUCAUUAGACAUCUACAGUCAUUGAUUGAAUUAGAUAUUGAAGGAUGCAUUGGUCUUACAGAAUUGCCCGAAGAACUGGGGGCACUAGCCAAGCUACAACGCUUCUCAUUGCAAGGAUGUUCUGGGUUGUGUGAACUUCCAAGCUCCUUUGGAAAUUUAACAUCAUUGAUAGAGUUAGACUUAUCAAGUACAGGCAUUGGCAAAUCAAAGAAAAUCACAAGAUGCAACUUAAGGUGGAUUGAGAGGUUAUCUAGAUUGAAAAAGUUAGAUUUAAAUUUGUCAAACAUCUGUGCACUUCCAGAGUUGGCUUCUCUUUCUCAUCUGGAAGAGCUUACUGUGUCUGAGGAAUGGGUAGAAUUCAAGAAUCAUCCACCCUCUCUGAAACACUUGCGUAUCACAAUGGGGGCGUCAUCGAUAGAGUUGAUUGCUCCAUCAAACUCGGUGCGUCAUCUUCUUCAUUAAUAUACAAUAGACUACGUGAGUGCAUAGGCUUGGAAAUUGAAUUGUUCUAAUUUCUGUUUGAUGCUAUAAUUCGGCAAAACUACAAAAGAGUAAAAAGUCAAAUAUUAUUCUGAAUUUGGAAGAAGAUAAUUUUUUUAAUCCAACGACAAAAAUAUAUCAGAGAUGAUAUUUAAAAAAUUUAAAUACUUUAGUGUUCCUUCAUCAUGUUCUUUUUAAUUUGAAAUGUUUUUUCUAUAAAUUAAAUAAAUAAACAAAUGAGUGUUGGAUAUUUUGUAAUAUGGUAUGUAUUUAUUUCGAAGCCUUGAUGUUUAGCAAUAAUUGCUCUCUUGAACUUUGGUACUGAUGCGCAAUAGCUUGCAAAUUUUGAGAAGUUUUAGAUUACCUUCUCACAUUUGCCUCACCCAAAGAAACUUUGAUUUAUGUUGCCUCCAUUAUUUUAUCAGCCAUCGUAGCCUUUAAGUUUUACCUAAAUGGACGAACUCAAUUUUCUUUUAUAAUCCAUGUAUCGUUCUGUGUUUUGUUAACUUCAUGACCCAUGUAAUGGACGUUAUUUUGUUCAAGAAGAGUGGUCCAUUUUUAAUGGCCAUACAAACGGAAAAAGUAAUGGCAGAAACACAGCCGAGAGUUUGUUGAGUAAUCUGCAACUUUUCAAAGUUUGCAUGCUAUUGUGCAGUAGUGCCAAUUUCACGAGGGUAAAAUGGUGUUUAUGAAGUAUGGUGCUAUUGUGCAAGGGAGCUAAAGUUCAAGGGGACUUUGAGCAAUUAUGCCUAAUGUAUGAUAUAAGGCUGACCAUAGGAGUUAAUAGUACGGACAUUGAUUAGAUAAUCAAGUACUAGUUUAAUCUGGACUGCCAUAAAGUAUCUUUACUACUUUCAGAAAUAGAUGACGUGAUGUCUUUUGUUAAGCAUUCCAAAGCCUCUAAAGCGCUAGACAUAAUUUUUUUUUUUCUUUUUUGGUCCAACCUAGACAUGGUUACUUAAAUACUAUUUAAAAAAGAAGAUUUUAAAUAGACAGUAAAAAAUGUAUGCGGAAUCCGGGCUCUUAUAUUUUGUUAGUGUCUAAAUAAAUCAAUACCUGCAACUAAAAUGAGUGGAAUAUGAAUAUGUAAUCUUGUGCUAGUCAAGGAAGGAAUCCAAAUUGAAAGGAAGUCUUAUAUAUUAGAGAAAGCUUUGAUUCCUUUCUUGGCCAAAUAUCCUUUCUUUAGCCACUUAUUUCUACUUCCUUUUCUCUUGUUGGAUAUUUGCGGAUCCUAGAGCAAUCUUUCCUCCUCUUUUUGAGGUUGCCAUCUUCUGUUGUAC